AAAGCUCUUGAAAGAGGCGAAGGCGAGUGGUGGAGUUAAAAUAAAAAUCAGAGACGCACAAAAUAUGGGUGCUUGGGCAAUCGCAGUGCAUGGCGGCGCUGGUGUAGACCCAAAUCUUCCUAAAGAAAGGCAAGAGGAUGCUAAGAGACUCCUCACUCGUUGCCUUGAUAUCGGAAUCUCUGCUCUCCGCUCUAACCUCCCCGCCAUCGACGUCGUUGAACUCGUCGUGAGAGAGCUGGAAACGGAUCCACUGUUUAACUCCGGGCGUGGCUCCGCCCUUACAGAGAACGGAACCGUGGAAAUGGAAGCCAGCGUUAUGGACGGACCGAAGAGAAGAUGCGGCGCCGUUUCGGGCUUGACCACGGUUAAGAACCCGGUGUCUCUUGCCCGACUUGUAAUGGAUAAAACACCACAUUCGUAUCUGGCCUUUGCGGGUGCCGAAGAGUUCGCAAGGAAACAGGGCGUGGAGUUGGUGGACAAUGAAUAUUUCAUUACGGAAGACAAUGUGGGGAUGCUUAAGUUGGCAAAAGAGGCCAACUCAAUCCUGUUCGACUACCGUAUCCCGACCCUCUGCACCUGCGGUGGCGGCACCGCUAUGGAAAGUCCUAUACAGAUGAACGGUCUACCAAUCACCGUCUACGCUCCAGAGACAGUGGGGUGCGUGGUGGUUGACAAGGAGGGUCACUGCGCUGCCGCCACCUCCACCGGUGGGCUCAUGAACAAGAUGAUCGGAAGGAUCGGUGACUCGCCACUCAUUGGCUCAGGGACUUACGCUUGUGACUUGGUGGCCGUUUCAUGCACCGGGGAAGGGGAAGCCAUCAUUCGAAGCACCCUGGCGAGGGAAGUGGCGGCGGUGAUGGAAUACAAAGGGUUGAAUCUGCAUGAGGCGGUGGAUUAUGUAAUAAAGUACAGAUUAGAUGAAGGGAAAGCUGGGCUGAUUGCUGUUUCCAAAAAUGGUGAAGUGGCUUGUGGGUUCAACACCACUGGUAUGUUUAGGGGCUGUGCCACCGAGGAUGGGUUCAUGGAAGUUGGUGUCUGGUGAAAUGUCUUUGGGUUGCGGCCCGCAAAUGCCUUUCCUUUUAGUCAUUUUACUCCUGCUCCACUACUACCUGGUUUGAUCAUAUAAUUAAGCAAAUCAUUGUAAUUGUACUGCCCCAGUAAUGCAAAUUAUCAUGUUACCAUCUUUAA